AUGCAGCGGGUCGUCGUCAUGCGCCACGGUGAUCGCCUCGACCAUUCCGAGCCCAUGUGGCCCGCCAACAAGCCGCGCCCCUGGGACCCGCCGCUCGACGACGCCGGCCUCCUCCGCGCCUGGACCGUCGGCAAGUGCAUCAGGGCCGCCGCCGCCAAGCAGGGAUGGGCCCUCCACCGGGUCCUCGUCUCCCCGUUCCUGCGAUGCCGACAGACCGCCGCGCGGGCGGUCGCCGCGCUAUGCGCCGUCCCCGACGACGACGCGCUACUCGCGGUCGGCGACCCGGCCAAUGUGCCCCUCGACCUUGACACCUCACGCGUCAAGGUUUGUUCUCUUAAUCUUGCUUGCUGA